GAGGGUGACGCACAGCUGUUGUUGACGCAUGCGCACUGCACGCCCCUCAAAGUUUUUCGGGGUCGCGCGCCAAGGAGUUGAGACCCCGGGACCCCCUCAACGAAAUCCCCGAAACCCCCCCCGACGACUCUAAGGACUCAACUCGGCUCAACUCCUCCCUCGCCUCGGGCGAGAACAGCGGGACAAGGACCCGGCCACAGGAACAUGGAAUCGGGCGGCGGGGCCGCCGCGGAGAAGCGGUUUCGCGGUUUGGGGACCCCUAUCCCGCUGGGGUCCCAGGGCCCGGGGAGCGUCAACACUCGGAUCCCCCCUCCCGCGUCGGGGACCCCUGCACCUAUGGGGUCACGGACACCGGGGGCUUUGACCGCUCGGGGCAGCCUCGUCGCAAAGACCCCGCUGGGGUCCCAGGGCCCCGGCGGCGGCGGCGGCGGCGGAGGGGCCUCCCCCGCAGGGACCCCGCGGGGUCGGCGGACCCCCUCGGGCCGCGUGCCACCGCGGCCCGCGGACCUCAAGUUCCAGCUGAUCCUCAUCGGGAACCGCGGCGUGGGCAAGACGAGCCUCAUGGAGAGGUUCACGGACGACGCCUACAGCGACGCGUGCAAGUCCACAGUGGGCGUUGAUUUUAAAAUCAAGACCAUCGAGCUGGGCGGAAAGAAAAUUCGAUUGCAGAUCUGGGACACGGCCGGGCAGGAGCGCUUCAACAGCAUCACGUCGGCCUACUACCGGGGGGCACGCGGCAUCCUGCUCGUGUACGACCUCACGCGCAGAGACUCCUUCCUCGACCUGCACAAGUGGAUGAGCAUGGUGGACAAGUACGCCUCCGAGGACGUGGAUUUGCUGCUCGUUGGGAAUAAACUCGACCGGGAAGCGGAGAGGGAGGUCACGCGGGAGGAGGGGCUGAAGUUUGCACAGCGGUUUAGCGGCAUGCGGUUCUGCGAGGCGAGCGCGCGCGAAAACCGGAACGUGGAGGACAUCUUCCUGCGUCUCGUGGAGGACAUCGUGCGCAGGAUGCCCAUGGAGCCGCUGUCUCGCGACCUCAUGACAGGGGUCCUCGCCCUCCCCUCGGAGCCCCCCGCGCCCGAGCCCCCCACCCGCAGGUGCUGCUAGCGGAGGAGUGGACCGGGGAGCAGAGGGGAGAGGGGAACAGAGGAGGUGAGGGGAGUGGGCGGGGGGGGGGGAGGUUGAGAUGUGAGCGUGAGUGGGACCAGGUCAGAUGGGGUCAGGUCAGGUCAGGUGAAGUUGCAUGUGGUCAAUUCAGAUUGGGAGAAGUCCAAAAGGGAGCAGCUGUGGCCAGGUCAGUUACGGUAUUCACGAGUCGGGUCAGAUCGGAUCAAGGUCAGGUCAGGAUUAUCUUAACCAGGCCAGGAGUUGGCAACCAAAAUAACAAGAAUAGCCAUGCGAGUAAGUUACGGGAUGGCGGUCUUUAAUAAAUAACGUCAUGAAGCGGCCGUCGAAGCACCGCAUGGGGCUCUGGAGCCACACCUUGCCGACCCCUGAAGCAGCCCGAUUGGUCUUCCCUCCUCACCUCCCUCCUCACCUCCUCCAUCACGAGUCCGCGCUACCUCCGAGACGCUUGGACGACACAAAGGCACCCGCCCAGCGUGGCCACCUCGUACGAACCCCGCUCUUCAGUGCGCUCAAGGAGUGCGGGCGAGCGAGCGUCGUCUGGCGAGAGGAGUGUUGUCGCUUGACAAGCAUAAGGACGGUCAGGAGCCAUUGUGUGGCGGGGGAGGUUUGUACGUUAACGAGUGUUGUGUGAUCAUGGGGAUUUGUGUCUGAGUGCGGUCCGUAACGAGUGUUGCCAUUUCAAGCGUUGUCCGGUGAGGAGCGUUGUCGGCAAGUGCUGUAGGCGGCGAGUAUUAAUUUGUCAGUGUUAGGAACUCAUUUUGGGUGUUGCCUGUUACGGAGUGUUGUCCGAGUGUUGCUUGGUCAAGAGAGUGUCACGACAGGGAGUGUUUUGUUGUCCCUCAUCGUUGCCUACUUCUGACCAUGGUCAGAGUGCGGUCACCUCGUAGGGGAGUGUUGCUUGCUAGGGAGUGUUGUCUGUUACCGAGUGUCGCUUGCUAAGGAGUGUGAUGCGCGAAUGUUGUCUGCCAAGGAAUAGUAUCUCUUGCAUCGUUGGAUGGGUGACGUCCCAAGCAACGAACCGAUUGUAAUCUUGUAGAUGACGUUUAUUUGUUUAGCCGUGUUUAAAACUCACGAGACCAGGAUGAAUAUAAUUGACAGCGUCCCGCCCUGUGCGGUGACCUGGGCUGUCUGACGCGGUCCACGUGGCAAUGACAGCACCGGCGCCGAUGUUACCAAGGUGCGACGACGACGCGCUCGCUCGUAAACCGCGAGUCUGAUUGGCCGUUAGCCGAGCUUCCUUCGCAAACUCGGUGCGUUGGAGAGCCCAGGGCACGCAGCCUCGAGUGGGUAGCAAGUAAAUUCCAUUGAGCAUUCUGUGUCUGCAGGCAGGUCUAGAGAGACAGUUCUCUCCAACACAUUGCUCUGUCCUGCUUUGCUGUCUUCAUUUGUCCGUACGUCCCUGUUGAAUAUUUUCUCACAUUGCCGUUCUCUUCCUUCCUCUUGGUCUCUUUUCCCAAAGAAUCUUCCCUGCGUCACCUCCAUCGGCAAAGCUGUGUCGCUACUAGGCCCGUGUUUUAGCCUCUUGGCUACGGAUUUAAACUAUCCAAUUAAACUAAACCUCCACGCAGUUAAACUAAGCCACUUUGUGCACCGAUAUGGUAAAAUUAAGAUGCAUUUACUGCGGUUUACCAUGGCCGGUUCAGUUUACCGUGGUUCGCCGUGGUUGGUUUACCGUGGUGGGUUCCGUUUGCCCGUGGUUUCGCGAGUGUGUGCGGUGUCGUGAACUCCCAGGGGUCAUGCAAACCCAUAACUGCUACGUAUACGAUCUUGAUUUGAAGCUUUCGUGACUGCAGGAAUCCAUACUCUUUGGUUCUUUCGGUAAAGUCACGUGGGUAGGUAGAAAAUUAAUAGAUCACGACGUUUCGAACUGCUGACGUCAGCAGUUCUCCUGCUGUGUUUGUUUCGCCCGAUGACGGUUGCUUGCGUUGCGAUGGAAACGUCACGAUAAAUUAAUUUACUCCGUAUACGGAUUCGCAAACUCUGGUUGCUGCUCGCGCUGUUCAAUGCAUGCACUGUAUCUUGCGCUAAGUAAUUUAUAUGAAUCGAUGGAUUGUUAAAUCGUUAACACCGCAACUCAAUGAAUUCGGAAGAAAAAAACGGUCGAUUCUCGAAUCAAAUCUCAAGCCCCCCCGAAUCACGACUCGUUAGGACACCAAGUAGCGACUAGAGAAGAGCUGCUGCGACACUUGGUUUGUCUUCCUUGAAGCUCUGAACAUUGGGCUGCGUUUGCAGCGCGCUGCCCGUUUCCCUGCCACGCGCUGCAAGGGCACCAACAAUGGUGAAGUUGCAGGGUGUGGCAGGGAGAUGCAGCGGGAGGAGCUCAACUUUCUGCGGAGAGGAGCAAGAGGCAUUAGAGCAGCAUCAGGAGGAAAUGCGCUUAUGCACACGAAUGCAGCCCCGGUGUUCGGAGGUGCCGAGUCGACGGCAGCGGCCGUCCAACUCCCAGGACGAAAAGCAGACCGAACGCUGAAAGGAGGGUGAUGAUGGCAUUGCGACGGGAAGAAGCGAGCAGUUUUUGGGGGCAGAGAAGACUUUCAAAACUACCCAGUAAACAUGGAACUUUGGGCCAAUGGUCCCAACCACGUGGCACUGUUGGCCCAAACGUUGGAUGUUUAAUGGGUUAGCCAACUUAACGGCAACACCGUGCCCUUAGCCCGAACCAACUAGCGAAUCAAAAGUUAUAGGGAGCUGUACUCGUAACAAAUUGGCAUAUUAUGCUUACGUGUCAAACCUUACAAAUUGGCUUUGUUGGGUGGUGGCGGGUUUAACGACACAUUUAUAUUUACGUGAUCUAACCCAAGAAACCUCUAUUAUGGACAAGUUAUAGACCCUGGAGGGAUGAUUGGCUGAGUCAACUAACCCACAACCAGGGUUUUAACUCGCAACUUUCUGCUUGCGAGCAGUUCACUUAACCGCCGAGCCAGAUGCUCAGUAGCCAAUCAAAUACUUCAUAAACAACCAGGCAAUCCGAUGAUAUCCCUAUUAUGAACCUAAUCAACUAGCCAAUUAGCCACAAGUACUAGCUCUUUCAUGACAGCGAACCAACUAGCCACACACCCUAACGAGCUAACCAUAACCAGUAAUCGUACUAGCUCUCCCAUAGAAUUUAACUCUUAACUAGGCAAUCAAAUUCUAGCACUGACCGACUCGCAAAUGAUGCAAUUGUACUCGGCUUUUUGCUACCCCGUGCCCCACCUACAAUAAUGUUUCACCAGGGGUGCAUUCAAUGAGCAGAGCGCUCCAGAGCGCAUUUCUAUUCAACGACCUGUUCACCCCGAGCUCAUUGUAACUCACAGGAGCUGCUUUGAGAGGAGCUGCCUCGUCGACGUGUCAAGAUCCGGCCAAUGGGAGGCACACCAUACGUUGUUCGACGCAAUAUGCUACAGGCAUCCUAAGGCAUACCGUUCUAUAAGAGCUAAAUUCAAUCUCGUAUCGCCACGGCAGGCCGCUCUGGCUCAUUGAAUGCACCGAAGUGCAAGCCUUUGACAUUGAUUUUUUUUAGUGUUCGCAGAUCUGCGCUCCCAUUUCCGUCGCCUGUGUCAAAAAAAAACACGUGACAUUGUUCAGCGACGUCAUUGGGCGGUUGCAUAAUGUCGCCCAUUAUGACGUCAUCGACCAACGUGUCCCCGGUGCGGUUUCCCGUCCAUGACGUCGCUAAGCUCUUAUCUUGAAUUACGCUCCCGGUAACUGUUGCAAUUCAUCGAUUUAAACAUUAAAAUCGAUUCUCACCGCUCGCCGAGCGUGCAUCGAAUGAUGUUUGCGUGUAAACGAGUUAUUAUUAACAGUUGCGCACAUUUUCAUUGAGGUUAACAGUUGUAACCACGGUGACGUUGCAAGCCUUAACGCUGAAGAACCUAAAACGGUGGCGCCGCGAAGAGAUUGUUUCUAAAGUGAUGCGGUUGACGUCAUUCUUGCCGUUGAUUGUGACGUCAACCACAUGUCGCAGGUGACGUAAUGACCCCAGCGAUGUCACGAUGGAGCAGUGCUGCCACGUGACCAAUUUUACAAUGUCGACGCAAAAAAAACACUCAUUCGUCAAUAACGCAACCCUAUAUAUCAAAUUUUACGAUGUUUCGGCCAAUGGCCCUUUCAUCAGUUGGCAAAGAUAAGAGGUGAUCUCUGCUUUAGUGUAAAGCUUGAUCCAAACCUGCGCGAUCAGUUGAGGCAAUUACAUCCUUGUGGAAGCCGCGCAACUUAAUCAUCGCCCGCUGCUGCAUUGUCCACAUCUGAGCGGUUAGUUGCUUUAGUCAGGAUCAACCUAUCAAAGUUGGCAAAUGUGCACGCGGUGGAAUGCGUAACUGAGACGUCACCGAGCAGAUCGCUGCCGGAAAGUAGUCUUGUCAUAUCCUGCAAGCAACCAGUUGCACAUCCGCUUGCAACUGGUUGCAGAGGCCACGGUUGAUUCAGUUGCAUGCAACCACGUUUACGCAGUUGAUUGCUCAAAUGUGGACAAAUCUCUGAGCAGAUCGUUGCUUGAAGGUAAGCCUUUUUUCUUGCAAGCGACCAGUUGCACAACCCAUUGCAGAGACCACAAGUGACUCGGUUGCAUGCAACCAAGUCGGGCAACAUCACUCGGAAGUUCACCGGGGUUUACGUGAUGGGCCAGCGUUAUUGACGAAUGCGUUGUUUUUUUGUUGUUGUUAGCAGCAGCAGCAACAGCGUCGCAAACAUUUUAAUUUUGUUCAAACUUUUUUUUUUUACGUGGGAUUGCUUUUGCGUUUUAACUUCGAUAAAAUUAAGGUUGUUUUAUUUCCCGCAUUCAUAUUAUCACCCCGCCAUGUACUGCACCUUUAUAAUAGUAAUAUUGCUGUAUGUUAUUGUAUGUAUGAUAUUAUAUAUAAGUAUAUUUAAAUAUACAACUGACGCGUUACGCCACCGGCCUCCACUAAAAACACACAGGGCCGACAAAAACUUAACAAACAAACAAAUCCCAUGACCGAUUCGUGUGAGCGUUUUUGCCAAAUGGUUUCAUUAUACAUAAUAAUAAAAAGAACAGAAAAGUUACAUGUUGACGUGG